AUGAUAAUUUCAUACAAGAAGGCUGUGUUUGAUGAGGAUGAGGAAGAUAAAUACAAGGAAAGGAAUCCGGGAAAUAGUUUGAAGAGAAAAGAAAGUGGCGGUGGAGGAAAGUCAACCUUGGAAGAAUUGAUAAGGGAAGAGGAGAAGAAAAAGGAGAAAAUCAACAGGAAGGACUAUUGGUUGCGUGAGGGAAUCAUUGUUAAGGUUAUGAGCAAGGCCUUCGUAGAGAAGUGGUACUACAAGCAAAAGGGUGUGGUGAGAAAGGUGAUUGACAAAUAUGUUGGGGAAACUGAGAUGCUUGAAAGCAAGCAUGUGCUAAGAGUCGAUCAGGAAGAGCUUGAAACUGUGAUUCCACAAGUUGGGGGCCGUGUAAAAAUUGUCAAUGGUGCAUAUCGUGGAUCAACUGCGAAACUUUUGGGAGUGGAUACGGAUCAUUUUUGUGCAAAGGUGCAGAUAGAGAAAGGUGCCUAUGAUUUCAGGGUACUCAAAGCUGUGGAAUAUGAAGACAUUUAUAAAAUAGCACAAUGA